AUGCAGAAGCGGAGAAUCAUCACAGUGAAUCCAUCAACGUCUAUUGAGAUGAGAGAAUACAACAAUGAUGAGGUUCCUUAUGCUAAUGUUGUCGGCGAUGAUGAUGAUGAACAGACUCAAUCGCCUAAAGCUACCGAUAAGAUUCGGAAAGUUUCGAUGUUGCCACUCAUUUUCUUGAUAUUCUAUGAAGUCUCAGGAGGUCCUUUUGGUGUUGAGGAUAGUGUGAAUGCAGCUGGACCAUUGUUAGCUCUUUUAGGGUUUGUGAUUUUCCCUUUUAUCUGGAGUAUUCCUGAGGCUUUGAUCACUGCAGAGAUGGGCACAAUGUUUCCCGAGAACGGCGGUUAUGUCGUGUGGGUCUCCUCUGCUUUAGGACCCUUUUGGGGGUUUCAGCAAGGUUGGAUGAAAUGGCUGAGUGGUGUUAUCGAUAACGCGUUGUAUCCUGUUCUUUUUCUUGAUUAUUUGAAAUCCGGUAUCCCGGCUUUAGGUAGCGGUUUGCCGAGAGUUGCAUCGAUCUUGGCGUUGACGAUUCUGCUUACGUAUCUGAACUACAGGGGAUUGACUAUAGUAGGAUGGGUUGCUGUGCUUAUGGGGGUUUUCUCGAUCCUUCCGUUUGCUGUGAUGGGUUUGAUUUCGAUUCCACGGCUAGAGCCUUCGAGAUGGCUUGUGAUGGACUUAGGGAAUAUAAAUUGGAAUUUGUAUCUAAACACGCUUUUCUGGAAUCUAAACUAUUGGGAUUCGAUCAGUACGCUAGCUGGUGAAGUGGAAAACCCGAACAAGACGCUUCCAAAGGCUUUGUAUUAUGGCGUGAUCUUAGUUGCACUUUCUUACAUCUUCCCUCUUUUGACUGGAAUCGGGGCAAUCCCGCUGGAGCGUGAGCUAUGGACUGAUGGAUAUUUUUCUGAUGUGGCCAAAGCUCUCGGAGGAGCAUGGUUGAGAUGGUGGGUUCAAGCGGCUGCAGCCACAUCAAACAUGGGAAUGUUUAUAGCAGAGAUGAGUAGCGACUCUUUCCAACUUCUCGGAAUGGCUGAGCGCGGUAUGCUUCCCGAGUUUUUUGCCAAAAGGUCACGUUACGGAACACCUUUACUAGGUAUUCUGUUUUCGGCUUCAGGCGUUAUCCUCUUGUCUUGGCUAAGCUUUCAAGAGAUUGUAGCUGCAGAGAAUUUGCUUUACUGCGUUGGAAUGAUCUUGGAGUUUAUAGCAUUUGUUAGAAUGAGGAUGAAACACCCGGCUGCAUCAAGACCGUACAAGAUACCUAUCGGAACAACAGGUUCGAUCCUCAUGUGUGUUCCUCCAACCAUACUGAUCUGUGCUGUUGUUGCACUCUCGUCUGCUAAAGUGGCUGCAGUGAGCUUUGUGAUGAUGAUCAUCGGUUUCUUGAUGCAACCUUGUCUGAAUCAUAUGGAUCGAAAGAAAUGGCUCAAAUUCUCCGUAAGUUCUGACUUACCGGACCUUCAACAAGAGACUCGGGAAUACGAAACUCUGAUACGUUAG